UGAGGCCGACGAUGGAGUUUGAGAAGAGGAAAGCGGCGGCGCUCGCGUCCCUCGGCUGCUCCGAGACCGACAAGUCGCCGAAGGGCUCGUUGGACGCUCCCAUCGUCCCUCUCCUCACCACCAUCAACCACCACCCUUCCUACUUCACGACCAGCUCCUGCAGCGGCCGCAUCUCCAUCCUCUCCCAACCUCCCGCCGCCGCCGCCGCCAAGAAUAAGAAGGCUCGCGGCGGGACCUGGCUCUACAUCUCCCACGACCCCGCCGAUCCCGACUCUGUGUUGUCUUCGCUUUUCCCGGCCGAGCCUCGGCCGAACCAGUGCGACUCGUCCGAGCUGGUGUUUCGGUUCGAGCCGCUCAUCGUGGCGGUCGAUUGCAGGGACUUGAGCGCGGCGCAGCUGCUGGUGUCCACUGCCAUCGCCUGCGGGUUCCGGGAGUCGGGGAUCACCAGCGCGAGCAAGAGGGUGAUCGUCGCCAUCCGGUGUUCGAUUCGGAUGGAAGUGCCGUUGGGAGAUACGCGGGAGAUUGUAGUGUCGCGUGAGUAUGUGAAGUUCCUCGUCGGAGUGGCGAACGAGAAGAUGGAGGCGAACAGGAGGAGGACCGAGAAGUUCCAUCAAACGUUGCGGACGAUUUGGAGUUCAGAGGGCGAAGUUAAUGGUGCUGGUGAUGAGAAGACUGAGAGUGUGUCAAGGGAUGCUGAGAGUUUAAAAGAGUGUGAGUGUGAGACUGUUACUUGUGUUGGGAGUUCCGAAGCUGGUGCUUCUUUGGAUGGAAAUGCCAGAGAUGGGCCUGCAGUGCAUCAGGAUUGCAGCUUGUCUAUUACUCCCCUGAAAAUUCUGGGUGAACCUCAUGAGAAACUAUUCCUGUGGGGUCACUCUGCCUGCACAGUGGAUAGGAGAAACCGUGAAGAACUUCUUGUUUUUGGUGGUUUUGGAGGAAUGGGAAGGCAUGCAAGAAGAAAUGACUGUUUACUUCUUGAUCCAUCAUUCUGCACGUUAGAGACUAUUGCUGUCAGAAGUGCUCCAUCUCCACGAAUGGGCCAUACAGCAUCAGUGGUUGGAGAUCAAAUGUUUGUCAUUGGUGGCCGGACUGAUCCAUUGAAUAUUCUAAGUGAUGUAUGGGUCUUCAACACAGCUACUAAUGAAUGGAAAUUGUUAAACUGCAAUGGUCAUGUAUUUCCUCCAAGGCAUCGCCAUUCAGCGGCUGUUUUAGGUUUGAAGAUUUUUGUAUAUGGUGGAGUGAACAAUGAAUCAAUCUGUUCAUCCUGCUUUAUCUUGGAUACAAGCAAUCUAUGCUGGGAAGAAUGUGCGGUAGGUGGGGAUCAGCCAUGUGCUCGUCAUUCACACUCUAUGGUGGCAUACGGAUCAAAGGUUUUCAUGUUUGGAGGAUAUGAUGGUGAAAAAGCAUUGGGAGAUUUACACAGCUUUGACAUUCAGGCAUGUGCUUGGCAAAGGGAGAAGACAUUGGGCAAAGGACCACAUGCGAGGUUCUCUCAUUCAAUGUUUGUCUACAAGCAUUAUAUAGGCAUCAUUGGCGGUUGUCCUGUCAAACAGCAUCUUCAAGAGUUGUCACUGCUUGAUCUGCAGCUGCAAAGCUGGAAGCUUGUGACACUCAAUUCGGUCAGCAGAUAUUUGUUUGUGCGUACUACAGUGAACAUCGUCGGCGAUGAUCUUGUCGUGAUUGGGGGUGGGGCAUCUUGUUAUGCAUUUGGAACAAAUUUUAGUGAGCCCAUGAAAAUUAACCUGAUCCGCUUAGAUAGCUCAAGUCACAGUAGGCUGUCUGAUGGAGACAAGCACCCUUGCCGUCAAGGAGAGGUAACUGAGGAAAUACAUGGUCUGCAUCAGGGUCAAGGUCUACGACUUAAGCAUGCUCAAAGUUUAGGUGAGAAUUCUGACUUAAAAUUUGAAGAAGCAAUUAAUAUGGUAGGACCUCAGACAAAUCCCAUGAAUUGGCUUCUACAAGUUGAAAGAAACCUUGCAAAGCUAGCAAAGGACUUAUUGAAGAAGUUUGGAUGGUUGGAUAUGGGGAGGAAGGUAUAUGCCUGUGAGGAUGGGACACAUAUUUGUUUCCCUGUGACUGAAAAAUUUUAUGCUCUGUAUGAGAAACAGGAUCAUCGAGCAGAUGUUUUUGAGGAGCUAAAUGUGCUCUGUUCUUCAAAACAACCAUUAGAAUCAGAUGUCUUGUUGAAUCAGAAUCGCUGGUCAGCUGCCUUGAAUCUUUUAAAGCAAGGUGGUGCAAGUACGCUGGUUGAUAGAAUUGGAGAAGUCAGAAAAGUUGCUAGAUCUCCAUAUGUUGUGAUGAGGGAAGCAGUUGCUGUGCUAGUUAAGCAGAGAGGGUUAUCGGAAGAACUUCUUGAGCAGCUUCCCACAAGAUGGGAACGGCUGGGAGAUAUUGUUGUUCUUCCAGAAACAUCCUUCAAGGAUCCAAUUUGGGAGACAAUUGGUGAGGAGCUUUGGCCCAUUAUUGCCAAAGUCCUCAAUACUCGUCGCCUUGCUCGCCAGGGCUAUGUUGCACGUACUUCUACAAGGGACAGUGCUCUGAAGAUCCUCUUUGGUGAUGAUGGUUGGGUUGCCCACCGUGAAAAUGGUAUCUUGUAUUCUUUUGAUGCCACUAAGUGCAUGUUCUCGUGGGGCAAUCUUUCCGAGAAGCUUCGCAUGGCUUGUCUAGAUUGUCGAGGUGAAGUUGUUGUUGAUUUGUUUGCUGGAAUUGGAUACUUUGUGUUGCCCUUCCUUGUUAGCCUAGCGUAAUUCUGUAUCCACUUGCUCUGAAGUAAGUUAAGGAGGUAAUUUAUGAAUGAUUUACAUUUGACUUCAUGUAAUACAUUUGAAAAGUGACAGCUGACUUCGAAUAGCUAAUUCUACUGAGUCUGAACUCUGAAGAAGAUUUGAAUGAUACUGACCUUGGAGGGACUAUUCCUGGAAGUCUUUAAUACAUUGGAAUUUGCUUUCAAUUUAUGUGGGGAUCAUGUUUCUUGUACAAAUGUGACUUGGCAUCUUUUAGUUCUUUCAGGCAGACCUGGUUAGUAGUAUGUGCUUGGAGUUUGAUUCUCAAUUAGUGAAUGGGUUCGCUGAUGAUUUUACAUGUCCUGCACAGAGUAAAUGUGCUACUUUAAACUUUUGCAUUGAGCAACUCUUUUUUGACGAGACUCAUCUAGUCAACUUACAUAAUCUUGGCUCUAAAAUUACUUGCGAAUGCUUUAGGUUCUUCUCUUUGUUGUAAAGCAUUAGAUUUAACUUUAAAAGGUAUAACCAUUUUUGUUUAUAAUUGACUAACCAUGUGUAUUUCUGAUGUAUUGGCUGAUGAAGUGUCCUCUUGUGGAUUGGGUUUGUUUGUAUUCUACAAUCUAGAUAUUCUAACCUAUGGUUUUUGGAACAAGCAUAUGGAGAUACUGUGGAUCGUAUAAAUAAACUUUGCGU